ACGGUGGCUUAGUGGUUAGCCUCACACCGCCAGGGUCGGGGUUCGAUUCCCGUGGCUCUGUGUGUGCGGAGUUUGCAUGUAUUUGCCUCUCACUGUGCUGCAGGGGUUUCCUCCGGGUACUCCAGUUUCCAAAGACAUGCAUGGUAGGCUGAUUGGUGUUCGUCCGUUCAGGUGUCCGGCUAAAGUGUCCGUAGUGUAUGAAUGGGUGUGUGAUUGUGUGCCCUGCGAUGGACUGGCACCCUGUCCAGGGUGUACCCCGCCUUGUGCCCGAUGCUCCCUGGGAUAGGCUCCAGGUUCCCCGUGACCCUGAAAAGGAGUAAGCGGUUGAAGAUGGAUGGAUAAAUUAUAAUACAUUUACUUUUACUUUAGUGUUUAAUGUAUAUUUUGUGUUCAACUUCACUACAUUUUUUUUUGAUCACUGUUAAAAAAUAAUAAUAAAGACAACAUGUGUGAAUUUUGAAUAAUUCAAUUCCAAGUCCCAAUUAAAAUAAUGGUUUCCUGUCACUUGUUCAAGCAUCAUUGCUUAUGAUGCUUACUUGACUGCUUUCAUUUGUUCUAUUUCUCUCCUCUGGUUGCUUUGUCUUAGAUGAUGGUGUUUAACUGCAGUUUGGUGCCGAAUGGGCCUGAAGCGGGACUUAUUAUUUUCCAGCGUGUGGCCUACACACCUGUGUUCAUUUUAGGCAUCAUCCUUAAUGCCUCAGCCUUGUGGUGCUUCAUGCGUAUCCCCCAGUGGACAGACACUCACAUCUACAUGCUCAACCUCCUGCUCGCAGACCUCAUACUGGCCCUUUUCCUGCCCUUUCGCAUAUUCGAAACCUACUGCCCUAUGAAGCCGAUGCCUCUCUGUACGUUCCUGAUAUGUGUCCAUUACAUCAACAUGUAUGCUAGCAUCUUUAUCAUCACAGCCAUAAGCAUCCAUCGUUAUGUGGCCAUCAGGUUCCCUAUGCAGAACAAAACCUCACAUGCCUCAGAGGUCAGGAGAAGGAGGAUAACGAGUGGGAUAUGUGCUUUAAUCUGGGUCACAGUCAUAACACUCAGCACAACAUUCAUGAAAGAUAUGUAUCCAGAGCGGCUAGAGACAUGCUAUGAGCUCAAAGAACAUGAUAAGAUGAGCCUUAGCUUCUUAUUGGUUCUGGAGAUUCUUGGGUAUCUUCUGCCGAUAGUCACAAUCAUGACUUGUUCAGCUCACGUAGUCUGGACAGUGCUAAAGUCAUUAAAGGACAUCCGUCAGCACACAGAGGAGGAAAUUAUCAACCAAAGGAAACGAGUCGUGGCCAUAAUCACAGCAAACAUGAUUGUUUUCAUUGUGUGCUUUACCCCGAUCCAUGUUGGUUAUUUGCUGAGACACAUUUCUGUGAAAAAUAGUCAUAUCUUUUAUGAUGUCUCUGAGUGGUUAGCAACAACAAAUUGCUGCCUGGAUUCUGUGGGAUAUUACUUUUUGUUGAAAAAAGCUUACAGAGACAAGAUGUAG